GCUUUAGGGUAUGUAAAAGUUCUCCAGGAGGAAAACUGUGAAAGAAAUAACAAUAAUAAAAAAUUCUAGAAGUAUUUCUAGAGUUUCUUCAGAGCCAUCUCGAACUUGUAAAGACAUGAUCUUGAAAUUAUAUGCUUGAUUUUCUCGCUGCUGCCAUUUCCAACAAGAAAGUUUUGAAGCUAAAGUAAAUGAUGGAGAAAGAUUGGACAUGGCUUGGCAUACUUGUUAUUGCGCUAAUCGUUGGAUGCGACGCCUUCCAGAACUUUACUGGGCACAAACUUAUUGCCAUGGUACCACGUAAUUCUGAAGAAGUGGAGACUUUAAGAAACUUUAUGGAAGAUCCCGAGGUUGAUUUCUGGAUGGAACCAACUCGUGAAAUGCAAAACGUUACUGUUCACGUGCCCCCUAAAAGAGCGGUUGAGUUAGAAGGAACUCUCCGAACAAUGGGUCUUCAGUUUUAUACCAUUACAGACAACUUGCAAACAUGGAUUGAACGCGAGAGAGAAGAAAAUAACCCAGGUAAUCAUUUUUCUGGUAGAACAGCCGGAUUUGCUUUUGACGUUUACCACCCCUUAGAUGAGAUCGUAGCGUAUUUGCAUGAUGUCAAACAAAAAUAUCCAAAUCUUACUCAAUUGAUCAACCUAGGUGACACAUUUGAAGGAAAUGUCAUCUAUGCCCUCAAGAUAAGUUCUGGUGGCAACAAUACUCGACCAGCUGUUUGGAUUGAUGCAGGAAUUCACAGCAGAGAAUGGGUAGCUCCUGCUUCAGCCCUCUAUAUGAUCAACAAUCUUCUCAUCAAUUACGGAACAGAUCGGAAACUGACAAACCUAAUUGACACCCAUGAUUGGUACAUUCUGCCUUUGGUGAACCCCGACGGAUAUUUGUAUACCUGGAGUUGGAACCGUUUGUGGAGAAAAAACAGAGCUGUUGUUCCGAGCUUCCCUGGUGUCUUGAUAUGCAGAGGAGCAGAUCCUAAUCGAAAUUUUGACAUAUAUUUUGGAGGUCCCAGUACUAGUUCAACACCGUGUUCUUCCAUCUUCAAAGGUGACCGUCCUUUUUCAGAAGCAGAAAGUUCGGCUAUCAGAGACGGUGUUACACAAAUCAAAGACCGCUUAAAAGCAUACUUCACGCUGCACUCUUUCUCGCAACUUUGGAUGACCCCUCACGGCUACACCACUAUGCAAGCACCCCAUUUCAAAGAUCACAUGGAAUUGCUAAACAUAGCAGUUUCUGCAGUUGAAGCAACGCACGGAAUGUCAUACAGAUAUGGACCUUCUGCCCAAACACUUUAUGCUACAAGUGGCAGCGCAUCAGAUUGGGUAUAUGACGUAGCUGGAGUGAAAUACAGCUUUUCCAUCGAACUUCGCGACAGAGGGGUGUUCGGAUUUUUGCUCCCCAGGACGGAGAUUAUCCCUACUGCUGAGGAAACCUGGGCUGGAAUAGAAGCAGUUAUCUCUCAUUUACAUUCGAAAGAAUCCGCUAAAAAGGACUCCACUUCAGCCUCUUCUGAUAAUUCAAUUAUGUAAUCUUCAACUACUAAAUUAUAUUAAAUGUGAAGUGUCGUUUUCAAGAGGCGAAAGGUUUAGAGACAUGGCAAAGAGUAAGGUCUAAACUAAGUUUCACAUCAUGAUCUGAAGAUUUUAUUUAUUUGCUCGCAUUUUACAGAGUAUAUCAACGGAGUUCAUUAAAAUCCCACAAGAUUUAGGUUGCAACCUCUCUUUGAAGACCUCUAACAACCUUUUUUUCAUCGCCUUAUGUAGAUUAUGUUUAUCAUCUGAUAAAACAUCCAAGUGGUAUUAUUAUUUACAUAAAGAUAAUAAUCUAAGAUCAUAAUAUCUGUGUUAAGUAUACGCUUUAAUAUGCAUUAAAAAAUCUAUUUAUUUUACAAAGAGCACUAACAGUUUCCUCGUAUGCUCGAAUUGUAGUUUGAAAUACUAUACAGAUACUUGGCGUAAACCUAUUGCUGAAGAUUUCAUCUGUGAAUGGUAUUAUCUGAUAGCUUUUACAAACAAGAUUAAUUAUUUUUUAACUAUUUAUUGUUCAUUUAAUAUUCAUUUGCUUAUUAUUAUUAUUAUAAAUGGUCACUUAUUUAUUUAAGUGGAUAAACAUUAUAUUAUGGCCACUUAUUAAUUAGAUUAUUAUAAAUGGCCACUUAUUUAUUUCAAAGAGUCUUUUCAACCGUAUGGUAAUCAAAUAUUUUGUCUUGAAUCCCUCAUUGAUGCUUCAUGAUUAUUUUUCAUGACUUGAAAAAAUUAUGUAUAACGAUGAUAAACUCUUAUCUAGUAGUCUUAAAAAACACAUAUUCAAGAUUUUGAAGCUUUAAGUUUAACAGUUUAAAUCUAAAACGCUACGAUAGCAUUUACUUUACUAGCUACCAUAGGUGCAUUUACCUUUAGAUUACUAAUAGGACACAGAAGGUCUAAUUUCAGUUAUAUUUUUGCUAAGAACUCUUAUACUAUCAGGUAAAUAUUGACCAAACUGCAGCUUUCUUCUUGCCAUUAGCGAUAUCACAUACUAUUGAAAAAAAGGUGUGAUAUAUUUUUGACAUUAAAUAUGGCUGCAGUUAAUAAAAGAUAUAGUAUAAUACAUCAUAUUGGUUAAAAUAUACGAUGGUUUCGUAUACCAUGUUAAAAGAAGUAAAUAAUUAAGCUGCCUAAAAAGGGAAAAAUUAAGUAAAUUAAUAAACUUUUAACAUAAAAGGUAAAAAUUAACAUGUAACUUGUUUUAACAUGUAUUUUUUAGUUUUGGACGUAUCUUAAUACAUACAUACAUAUAUAUAUAUAUAUAUUAGCAUAUAUGUAACGGUUAUUUUAGAGGAAAAACACAUCGUUUUGUAUUUGAGCCAAUAUGUAUUUAUUUUUACAAUAUUUAUAAAAUAACUCAUAAAUAAUGAGCAUAAUGUAAUGCCUCCGUAUCCUCGAAUCUAUACCUUCCACAUCUUAACACGGUUACCUGUAUUAUACCAGUGGAUUAUACCAAAAGGUCUAUACUGCGUGCUUUUCGUGUAAUUUACUGAAUAUGACAUAACUAAAUUGGUAUAUUAUUAUAUCAAGGAAUAAGCAAGAUACAAUAAAAUAAUAAUAAAGUGAACCUUAUAUAUAAUAAUAAAAUGAAUGGUUUUUAUUGUAUUUCUGCGGUCUGAAUUUGAAUUUUAUGCUUUAUGUAGGUUCUCUUUCUUGUUCAUAAAUAUAAGAGAUUAUGUUUUAUUUUAACCCUCAAAGGCUGACUAAACAAUGGAAAUUUGUUGUACUUUUAGUGUAUACUAUCAUGGCCAGUUUCACAGAAGGCCAGAGCAAUAAAAAUCACCUUUUUUUUUUUUUUUUUUUUUUUUUUUUUUUUUUUUUUUUUUUUUUAACCUAAGCACAGCAUGAAGCAUCGUUCCGAUUUGCACAUGUAUAUCUGUGUUUAUGAUAUGAAUGCCACGGGAAGCCGGUAGUUGGAGCGUUUGUACUGGUGUGUGUACUUUUUAUGCGACAGUAAGUUCUCACCUUGUACGGGGUUAGUAAGUGCAAACCAUUUACUUCAUUAAUUUUCAAAAUUAUGUUAGACCGCAGUAAACCAAGCGUAGCUAAAACUGGAAGUACUGAAACAGAGGAUAUGGGGGCAUUAUUGUAUUUCUAUAAAUGUACUUCAUAUCUACAAAAAGAAAAAAAAAAAAAAGAAAAAAAAUAGACCUUGGUUGGUUCAAGGAUUACAAGUACAUUAUAAUAAUGUUAAUAAUUAUUUAUGCACGAGAUGCCAAAUGAUUGUUUAAUCAAUUUAUCAUUAAUCAUAAUUACGAAGGAGAUUUAUUUAUUCUGUAUUUUGUAUAUUAGACAAUUACAUAAAAAUAAUCCCCGCUGGAGUAUUUUUUAAUGCUGUACUAUAUGAAUAUGAUAUAUUUAUUAGCUAAUGAACAUGUUUAUAUGCUUAAAUUACGCAACUUUAAUAUAUCACCUUUGCUAUGCAAUGUAAAAAAUCUCUAAUUUCAGAUUAGUACCACUCAAAGAAAUUUGGAAGUUUAGAUAAUUUGUAGAUUGUAUAAUGAAUAAUGAUUAUUAAAUGUAUUUUUAAAUUGGAAAAUAAAUUUCAGCAAAUAAAUUAAUUAAUCAAAAA